AUGAAGUCUGUUCGAAAGCUUGCUAUCGGUAUUUUUGGUCCUACUGCUUCGGGGAAGACUAAGCUGGGCAUAGCCAUCGCCAGGGCGUUUCUUGGCGAGGUUAUCUCGGUCGACAGCCUGCAAUGUUACAAGCCAGGGACCAUCGCUACAGCGAAACCUGAGCCUGAAGAGACCCAAGAAGUGCCUCACCAUUUGAUUGAUUUCCUGGAAGCUGACGAAGAGCCUGAUGAUUUUGUGGCGUUGGCUCUUGCCAAGAUGGAAGAGAUCACUCGUCGCAAAAGGCUCCCCAUCCUUGUCGGAGGAUCAACAUCCCUUACUAUUCCCCUCUUACUUGAAGUCUUCAACAGCAAGUAUCAAAUGCUUGCAAUUACAUUGGUACCACAUCAGUCAACUUACCAGUCCCUCAUUCGAUCCAGGGGUGAAGAGAUGCUGGAAAGGGGGCUCUUGGAUGAGCUCGCCGGACUUCAGGCUCUUGAGCAGGUCUUGCUCAAUGGCGAAUCAAACUUCCGCAAAGGCAUUUGGAAGGCAAUCGGAUACCAGGAGUUCCAUCCGUACCUUCAAGCUGACGGGUCCGCUGGAGGGCGUGAGCAUUUGCUCCAAAAUGGACUGGCCUUAACCGCCGCCAACACCUUACAAUACGGCUUUUACCAGCUUGAAUGGAUACGACACGCUCUCACCCCAUUCCUGCACCAAGAGAAAGCCACUUGUAUCAGCCUUUCCGUCACUGACAAAGCAUCCUGGCCAAUGGAAGUGGAGGGGCUGGCUAUUUCCAUGGCUAGCGAUUUCUUGUACGGUUCUCAAGUGAUUGGAUUUCCACAGAACGAAUCAUCUGAGUCUCGUGUGGUCUGCCUCUUUGGUGGAUCGUCUUCUGGCAACAAUCCCGUGCACAUCGAGGCAGCCAAGUCGCUCGCUGUCGCCCUACACCAGCACGAUAUAAAGCUAGUGUACGGCGGCGGAACCACCGGAAUCAUGGGAGCCAUCGCAAGCACUCUUGUGGAACUGUCUGGACCUAGCGCUGUUCACGGCAUCGUACCUGCUGCCCUUGCCAGGUACGAAGAAAAGAUGACAAACGAGCAGAUCGAACAAUCCUACUCCUCGAAGUUCGGGAUGCGGACUAUUGUAAGGGACAUGCACACUCGCAAGCGACUCAUGAUCCAAAGCGUCCUUGAUGGAACUCCGGGGAGCGGUUUUGUCGCUUUAAGUGGUGGUUAUGGCACAAUGGAGGAGCUGCUUGAGAUAACUACGUGGUACCAGUUGGGCAUCCAUAAAUGCAGUGUCUGCGUGUUCAGCGUGAAUGGAUUCUUUGAUGGUCUGGUCACUUGGAUUGGUCAAGUUGCACAGGACGGGUUCAUAGGCCCAAUGGACUCCGACAUAAUCCAAGUCGCAAGAUCAGCGGAUGAAGUUGUUGAGUGUCUUGCUGAUCUGCACCGAUACUCAAGGAAUGGAGAACUAGAGUGGCUUUAG